AGAAGUUCGAACAGCAGUUAAACAGCCAGACGGAUAUUCUCAGCGUCGUUGGUGCAGCGGAUCAGAUCAGACUGACCGCAGCGCGUACACACAGACACACACAGAGUUCGCCUGUCUGUCUUUCUGUCUGCACGGCUCCGCAGACGGUCAGCUGGUGAGCCGCACACAGACAGGACACGAGGCGGCCAUGAACGCGGCGUGUUUCUGACAGCCUCCAUCCGCAUCCAGAGCGCAGCCGCUGCUUGUAUCAGAGCGAUCUGUGCUUUCAAAGCGGAGGAGGGGAGCACUGCAGCAGACAUGCCGGGCCUGCUCCACAUCACUCUGACCGCCCUUCUGGCCAGCUGUGAUGCCUUCAGGCUGGGUUCUUCCCACCGUGUAAUUCCCCUCAACGCUCCGGCGGCUCAUCUCUUCAGGGAUGAAAGUCCAGCCAAGUCAAGUUUCAUCCUGGAGUUAGUGAGAACCAAACGCCAUUUGGUCCAGGAGUUAGUGCGAGCCCAGCCUCAUUUGGUUCAUGACAUGGGUUGGCCGGAGAUACAUGAAACGUCUCGCUCACAGGCCAAAAUGGAGUCAGCUAACUCAUCUCAGUUGAGCGCACCACCUUCUGCGAGUCAGGUGGCAAGAGCUCAUGCAGCUGUGGAUGACAACCUGGAUGUGGAAGACGAGAUGGAGCGUAUGGUUCAUCUGGCAGUUCCACAAGAUGCAGAAAGCUACACGGUAAAUCCAGACUUCACUGACCCAGAGGCGGAGCUUGUCAGCGGGCCAGGAGCUGGCGAUUCUUCCCAGGAAGCUUCUGGGUUCUAUGGAACAGAUAUGGAGGACAGAGACAGAGGAGAAGAGGGCCCAGAGGACCGAGAGAGAAGAGGAGGAGAAGAUGAGUGGGAGAAAGAGGCAGGGGAGGAAAAUGAGAAAAAGGGGAAAAAGGAAGACGAAAAGGGAGGAGUGAGAGACGAUCAACAUGUUUUGGAUGCCUUUGAGGUCAACCACACAACACCAGAUCUCGAUGCUCUGAUUGGCUACAGUCCGUCUUUCAACCCCUCCUCCUCUGAGCAGUCCAGCAUCUCCAUCCCAGCCAAGGGACCUGAUUCUGGGCCAGAGGAGCAUCGCGCAUCCCCCGUUCUGGAGGUGGGUCCUUUAGAUAAAGAGCUGUGGGAAGCAGAGCGGGAAGAAGAUGUCCUUUCUAGCGGAUAUGGAGGCCUUCGCUCCUCCAUCACUACCACUACUAGCACAUCAAGUGCCGCUAGAGAUGCUGUAGGAACAGCCUCCCCAGAGACCGACACUGGCACAGACUUUGGGCUGCUGGGAAGUUAUACAAAAGGUGAGACAGAGGAUGAAGAGGCUGAGAGGGAGGAAGAGGAAGAGGAGGAAAUAGGCCUCGUACACAUAGGUGUAUUUACCCACAAUCCCACUGUACCUGAAGUUGGCUUGGCUCCCAGCAGAGAGCCUCUGCAGCCGAGUGUGGAGAAAGGAUUUAGACCAAAAGACAGAAGUGACGAGGUGAAGGAGGAAAGAUGGAAAAAGAUGGAGCGUGAACAAACAAGAAUCAGACACAUCAUCCCACUCACUACUGAUCCUUCCCCCACUAUUGGGUUCACCGACCCAUCCUGGAAUUGGCUGGAAAAGACCACGCCUCUGCAGUCUCACAGGUCAGAGGUCAGGGGUGGUGGGGUCGCAGAGGUCCUACUACCAGACAGUGAUCUCAAUGGAGUAGAGGUGACACACCAGGUAGUUUGCGUCGACUGGAGUGAGCUGACUGGACGAGGCUAUGUCGUCCUCAACAUGACACAAAACAUCAACUGCGAGGAUUUCCGUUUAGACCAGGGUGUGCGGUUGUUGACGACUAUAGAGCGAGUGUUUGCUCGGAGAAUGAGCAGCCCUGAGGGAACAUGGGUAAUCUACCUCAGCAAGCCUACACACCAGCAACACCAGCUGCUGAUGAACGUGGCAUCUGCGCAUGGAGUGAUCCCGACCAAAGACAUGCUGGGCAUGCUGGCAGAGAUCAAGACAUGUCUGACUGAGGUGGGCGUCCAGAACUACAGUGCUGCCAGCAACUGCCCGUCUCGGCCCAGUCACACACGCAGCGACUACGGCAAGCUGUUUGUGGUUCUGGUUAUCAUCGGCUCCAUCUGCAUGGUAAUCAUCACAUCUGGAUUCAUAUACAUCUGCUGGCAGAGACGGCUCCCUGCAACUAAAACUGCGUUUCGUGCUGAGGAGCUUCACUUUGUGGUGAACGGUUGCCAUGAUAACCCAACACUGGAUGUGACUAAUGAUGGCCAGCCUGAGAUGCAGGAAAAGAAGCCAAGUACCAAUGGGCUCGCAGGAGGAGGAGGAGGAGGAGGAGGAGGAGGAGGAGGAAGAGGAGAGAGAGGUGGGGAGGACAGCAGUCGCUGGCAGGUAUUUGUCAAUCAAGCAGCCACAGAGGAGGAGGAAGAAGAGCAGGACACACAUCUCUGAUUGAUGAAGACGAUUCUUUUAUAUACAGCUGAUAAGAGGAAGCCCUGAGGAAGGAAGAAGAUAAUGAAAGAGGAUGGGGAGAUGGUGGCAGAAGAAAAAUAAUGAAAAAUGUUUUUGAUGGAGAGAACAAAGAAAGAAAAGAGAGAAAUAAGGGAGCGAAAAGGGAGACGCUGAUGGGAAUAAAGUGUUGCCCAGUCAGCUGAGCUAAGACUGAGGCUAGGAGGGAGUAGAGGAGGAGUCACUGACGUCAUGUUUGAGAUUAGACAAACAAUCAACAGAGUGUGAUUGACGAAGCUGAAAUUUCAUUAAAAGAUUAAACUCCUGUUGGAUAGGUUAAUAAUGCCAUCACGCCAUAGAAAUGCCUGUGUUUAGUGUGCCUUACGCUGCUACCUUUUUGUACAGUGGCUGCAUGGGACAAAUUAAAAGCAAACUCUGCACAAAUCAUAGCUUAAAGCAUCAUUUUACAACCCUAAUGUUUGAAUGUCAACACGCUGUGGCACCAAUUUGUGUCACAAAUCAUUAGACAGAGUGGCCGACUGUUUCCCUAACUGUGAAAGUAAUCAAAAAUAUUACAGAAGAGGUGGUUAACUAUGAACUGUGGUAUAACUGAAUAUAUUUAGGUAAGUUACAGAUCAGUAUUUUAUAUAUAAGAUGUGGUGAUUUUAUAAAUAUGAUAUAUUAGUUCAGGGUAAAGUAACCAACAGUGUAUGAAGUUGUCAAAAUUACCACCAGUAGAAAAAUGCCACUCCUCAUAUACUUUUUCCCUUAUUGUUUGUCAUAUCUGUAGAGACUGUCCAUAUUAAACACAGCCGAAGUUUGAAAUAAUGAGCUCACAGUCUGAAACUCAGGCUUUGACGGGCUCGAAACACAAGUUUUACAAAGGGAUUUUUUCCACUCUCUUGCCUUGCUGAUGUCAGCACUGCACCGAUGUCCUGGCACAACCAGAGCCACGGCUUGACCUCCUGUAGGAGGCGGGGCUUUGAGGUCUGUUUGCAGAAACCAGUCAAGGACCAACCAAUCAGAAAAACGAAAGCAAUUAAAACAGGUUCACACAGAAUUUUUCAUAAUGACAUUUUAGUAAAGUCCCAGAACAAAACUGUAGAGCAGGAAGUGAGCAUGAUAAGUACCCUUUAUUAAUAGUGUAACCAUAAACACUCACCUCUUUGUGUUAAAAUGACUUUCAACACUUAUGUCAUUCUACAAAAACUACAAUCUUCUAAGAGAUAUUGUGAAUGAAUGUAGGACUUAGACUCACUAUGGGUUACAGUUAGUACUUGCUGUUAAACUCUAUAUUCGGACAUCACUGACAGCAGGAAAGAAAGUCCCAAUACCAGUGCAGCCAAUCAAAUCAUCAACAGUUAGAUGAUAAGGUGUGACUACAGUGACAGCAGCGACUCCUCUAAGCUACUCCUCUGGAUUACUGAUGAGAAAGUAAAGCCUGUAGCAACUUUGAAAGUGAGGUUUUGGCACUUUAUUGAUUCCUCUUGGAAGUAGUGACUAUCAUCGUUGAAAUGCUGCAUCAUGUUAAACGUCUUACAUACAGUGAUUCAAAUAUCUCUAUUUUGCUUAUAGGAAUGGUUGCAACUGCUGAGGAUGUUUACUCUGCACUCUCAAACAUGUCAUGUGAUCGCUGUACUUGUGUGCUGCUAGCCUUAUAUGCUGUUUUUCUCCCCCAAUAGUGCUCUAAUGGCUGCUGUAUGCUCCUGGCUAAAUCUUGAGGCUAUGACACAUGGGCAACAUUUAGACGUCAAAAGCAUGAAAUAUAUAGAUAGUUACAGUGUUAAAGUCGAGUCACGAGACCCAAGUCGAGCCCCAGGUGUUCAGUAUUAUGGUGUUAAACAUUAAAGUCAGAGUUAUGUCUAAGUCACAACGACUACAGUAUACAGUCAUUAUACACAGGGCACACAGGAGUAACAGUUUGAGUUCCAACUCAGUAAAAACAGGUCUGCAGUGUUAUCAUCACUCCAACCUUGUCCCAGUUACUUUAUUCAGGGCUGUGGUUACUUAUAAGAUUGAGUUAGCAUGGCCAUAGUCUGACUUUAAAAGAGUCACCUCAAUACACGUAUGGCUAACAUUUAAGUGCAAAUUCAUUCAUAAAGGAUCAAAAUUAGAAUUAGCAGAGGUUACAAGUCCACGGCCCGAUUAAUAAAACACUGACUCGCUACCAAACUGUGAUGACACACCUCAGACGGAGAGAAAUAUGCUGAGAUAUAUUUCUGUCAUUCUCACUAACACAUGCUCACUGACUCAUUGCUGUAGUUGCCCAUCUGCAUUUUCAUCAAGAUGUUGCCUGUUUUAUCUCUUACUCUGACUUUUCUUGAUGCAUCAGUACUGUACAUGGCUUCACUCAAACCCACACCAAUUAAUAUGCACCAUGUCAGCUAAGCAGUAUUUAUGGAGCGCUGAGGACACGUGGAGAUGGAGAACGAUCAUGAAUAUGUUAAAUGGCUGCCCGCAGUGUGGAUUAUGUGGUUGUCAAGCACAAGAUAGCUAGGGUGGAGACUAGUGAAAGUGUGCACUGCACAGAAGAAAAUCCAAAUGGAGCUUUAUCAUUCUGUUUAAUAUCAGGCAAAGCACAAAAUACAGGCAGGCUCUUUGUUGUUAUAUAGAUGAGCAUGUAGCUUUCAGCCCUGCAGUAAGCAUCAGUAUAACAAAACAUACAGCUGACGUUGCUUUCGGUUGAUGAAUGAGAGAAACUUUGAUGCAGACAAAUUUUGUUGCUUGAAGUGAUCGUUUAACAAAUUCUGCUUUUUCACAUUUUUACUUUUUAUACGUUUUUGUUUUUAGGGUCUGAUGGCGAGCUUGUGGAUAGUUAACAGUGCCAGCACAAGUUCAGUUGUAGCAAAAAACAAAUGAGCCCUUAGUUUGUAUAAAGAGUUUGUUGAUAUGAUUUUAAAUCAAUAUGUAAACAUUUUUUUUUUUUACUUUUCAUUCAUUAUUUUGAAAUAUUUUAUUUUUAAUUUUAAAAAGUUUUUUUUUCUAUGUCUGUUUGUUUGCAUUUACACAAACAUAUGGUUUCACGUUUUUGGUUGUCAGUGUAAUAAGUGUGACAAAUAAAGUUUGAAGAAGACGGGA